AAACAGUGAGGCUUCAAGUGUGUGUGUGUGUGUGUGUACUGGAACAAGUUGCUGUCAUCAGUGAGGGUUUUCUGCGGGCCCACCAAGUCUGAACCCUGGGCACAGCUCUGCAAAACGCCAAAAUGAGGAGAAGAGAAGCAGCCCUUUGCAAGCAGCAGUCCACACCUUGCUUUGGAAGAGCAGAGAUGCCACGGCUCUUCCCGAGAAUGUCAAUGAGCGAGGUGGAUGAGAAGGUCCGUCUGCUGGCAGAGAAGGUAUACGCCUCGGCCCUGAAGGAGGAGGACACCAAGGACGCCAUGGCUUUGUUCACUGUGCCGGAGGACUGUCCCAUCGGCCUGCGGGAGGACAGGGAGCGCGCCCUGCAGAAGGAGCUGGCUGAGCAGCAGUCCAAGGAGACAGUGAAAAGGAAGAAGAAUUUCAUGAUGAAGCGUUCCCAGUCACUGUCCCUGCAGAUUCCCACCAGUGACUGGAACCUAUCGGCUCACUCGCCCAUGCUCUCCCCGAUCACACCUGAACCAGUCUUUUCAGAGAGCUUCCCAGACUUCCAGAGAGUUACCAUCAGUGGAGACUACUGUGCAGGGAUCACAGUUGAGGAUUACGAACAAGCGGCCAAGAGCCUCCUGAGAGCUCUGUUCAUCAGAGAGAAGUACUCCCGGCUGGCUUACCACCGCUUUCCUAGGACCAUUGCCCGCUUCCUCCGCAACACUGAGGGGGAGAAGUGGCGAGAGGAGGAUGAGGUCCUGCCAGACAUCUGGCCUUUCCCCCAUGAAGGCAAGGACCCAUAUUCCAUGGAAGGCCUCCCUGAGAACCUUAACUAUGAGCUGCAGAUGAAGGAUGGUAUCUUUCAUAUUUACGACAAUGCUGAGGCACUGAAACAGCAGCAGCCUCACAGACUCCCUUAUCCGGACUUGGAGACCUUUGCCAUCGACCUGAGCCAUGUCCUGGCCAUGAUUGCUGAUGGCCCAACGAAGACCUACUGUCAUAGACGCUUGAACUUCUUAGCCUCCAAGUUUUACCUUCAUGAAAUGUUGAAUGAAAUGGCCGAGCUGAAGGAGCUGAAGAGUGUUCCACACAGAGACUUCUACAAUGUCAGAAAGGUGGAUACGCAUAUACACGCUGCCGCCUGCAUGAACCAGAAGCACUUGUUGAAGUUUAUCAAGACCACUUACCAGACAGAGAAGGAUCGGGUGGUCCUGGAGAAGGGCGGGCAAAAGAUCACUCUGGAGCAAGUCUUCAACAACCUCCACAUGGACCCCUACGACCUCACCGUGGACUCGCUGGAUGUGCACGCUGGGAGGCAAACGUUUCAUCGCUUUGACAAGUUCAACUCCAAGUACAACCCCGUAGGAGCCAGUGAACUGCGGGAGAUUUACCUGAAAUCGGACAACUACAUCAAAGGAGAGUACUUUGCACGUCUCAUCAAGGAAGUAGCCAAGGAGCUGGAGGAGAGCAAGUACCAACACGCCGAGCCUCGUUUGUCAAUUUAUGGACGCUCUGCCAGUGAAUGGGAGGGGCUUGCCAGCUGGUUCAUCCAGCACAAAGUCCACUCACCCAACAUGAGAUGGAUGAUCCAGGUCCCUCGAAUCUAUGAUAUUUUCAGGUCAAAGAAGCUGAUUCCACACUUUGCCAAGAUGCUGGAGAACAUUUUCCUCCCCAUCUUCGAGGCUACAAUCAACCCACAGAAGCACCCAGCACUUCAUGUUUUUCUCAAAUAUGUGACAGGAUUUGACAGUGUGGAUGAUGAGUCCAAACACAGCGACCACUUGUUCUCUUACAAGAGUCCAAAGCCCGAGUUAUGGACCACAGAUGACAACCCUCCUUACACCUACUACUUGUUCUACAUGUAUGCCAACAUCAUGGUGCUCAACAACCUGCGCAAGGAGCGUGGACUGAACACCUUCCUGUUCCGUCCCCACUGUGGCGAGGCUGGCUCCAUCACUCACCUGGUCUCUGCCUUCCUAACAGCAGACAACAUCUCCCAUGGCCUAAACCUCAAGAAGAGUCCAGUGUUGCAGUACCUCUACUACCUGGCACAGGUCCCCAUCGCCAUGUCACCACUGAGCAACAACAGUCUGUUCCUGCAAUACUCCAAAAACCCACUGAGGGAGUUCCUUCAGAAAGGUCUGUGUGUGUCGCUGUCAACUGACGACCCCAUGCAGUUCCACUACACAAAGGAAGCCUUGAUGGAGGAGUAUGCUAUCGCAGCUCAGUUGUGGAAACUGAGCACUUGUGAUUUAUGCGAGAUCGCCCGGAACAGCGUGCUGCAGAGCGGCCUGUCACACCAGGAGAAGAAACAUUUCCUGGGUUCCAACUACCUGCAAGACGGCCCCGAGGGCAACGACAUACGACGCACAAACGUGGCACAAAUCCGCUUGGCCUACCGCCACGAGACGCUGUGCAACGAGCUCAGUUUUUUAGUGGAUGCCGUUAAAACGGACACCACUAGUCCAGCAGAGUGACUGAAAUCAACAACAGGAGGGACCAACAUGGGUCACAUUGUUUAAUAGUUAUUUUCACAUUUUCUUAUAAAUAUUGUUACUUUGGAUUUGGGGUGGGUUUCAUGUACUGUAUAUCAAUAUGUUUGCACAUUUUUACCGUUUCAUUGAAGUGAACAUGGAUUUUAGAAUUGAGCACAAAUUUCAGACCAAUUUGUAUGGCUGGAUUAUAAUUACUGUAUGUACGUUCAAAUCAAUACAAAGCCGCCAGGGACUUUUUAGACAAAAUUGAAAAACGCAUGAGUCUAAGAAAAGCACAAGGCUUUUUAUUUUAGUAUCAGAUGUGAAAUAUUUCCGAAAGCAGGGUUUCUUAAACAUGAGACAUUUAACCCGACUUGACUUUAGUCUAAUGACUUGAAAAUACUUGAGAUUUUCAGUGAAUGUGUUGAGUGAAACGUGUCCCCAUCAAGUUUAAGAACAAACUACGAAUGUGUGGAUUAGCAACGAAUGUGUGGAAGCUAAGUCUUGUCACACUGGUUUUACUUUAUUGAAAAAAUAAAUGCAUUCAUUGAUUUCCAUCCAUUAUUUUCUAUGUUGCUUAUCAUAAUUAGGGUCGUGGUCGUCUAUCCUAGCUGACUUCGGGUGAGAGGCGGGGUACACCCUGGACUGGUCGCUAGCCAAUCGCAGGGCACAUAUAGACAAACAUUCACGCUCACAUUCAUACCUAUGGACAAUUUAGAGUCACCAAUUAACCUAACAUGCAUGUUUUUGGAAUCUGGGAGGAAACUGGAAUACCCGGAGAAAACCCACGACACGCACUCGGAGAACAUGCCAACUCCACACAGAGAUGCCCAAGCGGAGAUUCGUGUUCCCAAUCUCCUGACUGUGUGACCAACAUGCUAACCACCGUGUGGCCGCAUUAAUCGAUUUGUCGAAUUGAAUAUACGUAUUGUUACAUUGUUAAAAUUGCAUCCUAUUUGGGAGACACCAGUGCUUACGACUAGGACUAAAAAAUUCCAAGCCAAUGUUUUGACUUGAAACUUGAGUUGGACUUGCGCAUCUUUUACUUGAGAAUUGAGAUUCAAAACUUGAGACUUGACAAAACACUGACUGGCCCCCACCUCUGCAUUUUGGAGUCAACAUAACGAGCUACAUCACGAAAAAACCACUUGCUCUGCCCAUCCCCCAGUGAGCCUUGCCAGCCAGGGCGAAUUGGCUCCAUUCAUUUUACCUGCUGAUGGGCGAUGACACUGGUGUCGUUUAUUAUUCAACAGCUCACAACAACUAGGAUAAAAUUUAAAAAAACAUAAUUGUUUUAAAGCAGCCGCAGAGAUGUACUGUACACAUUAAAGACAUUUUAGAAAGAGAGGCUAGCAAGACAAUGGUAAAGUAAUAACAAUAGCUAGCUAAACUACAAUUAGCACAAAAGAGCUUUUAAAAUCAGCAACUGCCGACAAAAAGGUGAAAUGAUUUACUCACCUAAAGCAUAGUCACGCUCCAUCUCUGUUUGCGUCGAGUUACUUUGGUAACUCGCGGAUAUUUGUGAGUAGCGAAUUAGAAAUGAUAAUUAAUGUUCUUUAAGGAGUUUUUAGUCACUCAUUAGAUACGAGGGUGACGUCCUUAUACCGUAAAUAUACUGCUGAUAUUUGACACACAACAGACGUCAUUAAUCAAAUCAGGAAGUGAUGGGUUUUAUUUGGUACAUUGUGCCUUUUAUUCAAAUUUACUGAAGCAAACGCAAUUGUAUUAUGUUAGAAACACUGCCACAAAGUCUUUAGGUGCAAAUAAAGUGUCUUUAUUGGUGAUAAUACAGAGAUAAUUAUGUCAUCGUCACACAUUAAAAGCAAAUCAGUAUUUUUCGAAUGGUUAAUGCACGUGUCAAACUCGUGGCACGGAGGACAGAGCCACUUUAGGGUUUCCUCCCCAAACAGUUUCUCCAGCAGGUGAUUUAAUUGAUGAGCGCCUUCCCUCAAAUUGAAGGUGAUGAUCAUUAAAAUCACCUGCUUUCGUGCCCGGCUGGAAAGAAAGCCUUGCAGUGUCUCCGCCCUCCAUGGCACGGGUUUGACACCACUGGUUAAUGUGAAUGUACAGUACAGUAUUAGGCAAAUGCUGCCACCUGAUGGUUGGAACGUUGCGUUACGCUUGCCUGUACGCAAAUUAAAAGCAAGGGAAUA